AUGUUGACGAAGCGCACAUGGGCCAUGCUGGUGGGGGUGGUGGUCGUGGCGGCCACGCUGGUUGCUCUGGCCUACGUGCCCGUGGUGCGCGGCAAGUCACAGCAGGCCCUGACCGUGGCCUUCGCCCUCACCGGCGAGAUGGACAUCACCGCCACCGCCGACCUCGGCGGCAACCACGACGAGCGCCAGUCCGACGAGUGGGUGGUCCUCCCCUCCUCCUCCGACAACGACCCCGACCCCUCGGUGCCCUCCGAAAGCGGUGCACUCGCCACCCACGAAGAAAAAGUGGCUCCCGCCGCUUCCGUGACCCCGGGAUAG